GGUGCAGUGCAGCGUGUCCUCCCGGGCUGCAGGGGGCGCUGCGCGCUGGCGGCGGGAGGACGGCAGAAGAAGGGAAGAGCAACGUCAGACUUCCUUUUCAAGGAGACCGCCGCUGCUAACGGGAGGGAAACUGCAGCCGUCGGUCCAAAAUGGGGUUCGUCAAAGUGGUGAAGAGUAAGGCCUACUUCAAGAGGUAUCAGGUUAAAUUCAGGAGAAGGAGAGAGGGAAAAACUGACUUUUUCGCUCGCAAGAGGCUGGUCGUGCAGGACAAGAACAAGUACAACACCCCCAAGUACCGAAUGAUUGUCCGGCUCUCCAACAGGGACAUCUGCUGCCAGAUUGCCUAUGCAAAGAUUGAGGGAGACCACAUCGUGUGCGCUGCCUACUCUCACGAGCUGCCCAAAUAUGGCAUCAUGGUCGGCCUCACUAACUACGCCGCGGCCUACUGCACCGGGCUCCUCCUCGCCCGCCGGCUGCUGCAGAAGUUUAACAUGGACCAGGUGUACGAGGGCCAGGUGGAGGUGACGGGAGACGAGUUCGACGUGGAGAGCGUGGACGGCCAGCCGGGCGCCUUCACCUGCUACCUGGACGCCGGGCUGACCAGGACCACCACAGGAAACAAGGUGUUUGGAGCGCUGAAGGGGGCGGUCGACGGAGGGCUGUCCAUCCCGCACAGCCUGAAACGCUUCCCUGGCUACGACGCGGAGAGCAAAGAGUUCAACGCCGACGUGCACAGGAAGCACAUCAUGGGAAUGAACGUCGCCGACUACAUGUCUUACCUGAUGGAGGAGGACGAAGAGGCCUACAAGAAACAGUUCUCCCGUUUCAUCAAGAACGGCGUGACGCCAGACACGGUGGAGGAAAUGUACAAGAAAGCGCACGCUGCCAUCAGAGCCGACCCCAAACACGUCAAGAAACCCAAAAAAGACAUCAAGAAGAAGAGGUGGAACCGCGCCAAGCUGUCCCUGGCACAGAGGAAGGACCGCGUCGCUCAGAAAAAGGCCAGCUUCUUACGAGCACAAGAACAAGAGGCCGGGGAGGGUUAGGGCCUCGGCGCGGAGCUUCACCCAGAGAUGGCAACGUCCGCCACGGAUCAAUAAAAUUAUUGAAUUGGAAA